AUGAAUAAUAUAAAUGUUGAGGAUAUAACUAUGCCAUGGGGACGAUCAGCUGAUCCAUUAGAUCAUCAAUUUGGAAAAUGGCGUAUGGCAUGUUUUCAAGAUGGUCAAGAAAGCUGUGAUAAAUCAAAAUUAUAUUUUCUUUAUGAUUCACAAUUAGAUCAAAAAUGUGACACUACUUAUGGAUGUCAGGCAACUCAAAAUUGUCUUGCUGUUUUUGAUACAAAUCGUCGUGUUUUUAUUGGUGAAAUACCAUUUUAUAGUCAAGGAUUAGCUAAAAUGAUUUUUCCAAUAAAAGAAUGUAAUCAUCUUGGUGGAACAACAUUAAUUUUAGUAACAGAAACUGAAGGAAAUGAUGGAUAUCAAAUACAAUUAUCCAAAAUUAAUUUAACUUCCGAUGGAAUGAGAAUUGAUAAUCAACCAGUUCCAUUAUUAGAUACACCAAUUGUUACUGAUAGUGGUUACAUCAUUACUAUGCGUGAAGAUCGACCAGAAAUUGUUAUUAUACACGGACCUGGAUUACGUGUUGAUAGAAUUAAUGUUGACGGAAAAGGAACUGCUUCUAUAGUUGAUCGUUUUUCAAUUAAUGGUGCUGAUAUUGAACAUUUUUAUGAUGCUUUUGUUAGUCGUGGACAUAUUGUUUUUUUGUCAGCAUCACCUGAUGGACACUUAGAUUGGAGUCGAUGCCAUACAUUAAACCUUGAAACACGUGGACCAAUAAAUACACAAUACUGUAAACCAGAUAAUGCUAGGGGUAUGCCACCAGCUAGAAAAGAAUGUGGUAUUGAUGCAAUUUCUGGAUUUGUUUUAGUAGGAGGUGGUGAAAUAGAAUAUGAUGAAGGAAAUGUUAAUAGACUUGUUGAUUUUUGGGUUCUUGAUCUUGAUAACUUUGGUUGGAGACAAAUUCCUGCAAAUAUGCCUGUUCCAUUAAUUGAACCAAGAAUUAUAACAACAUAUUCAGGAAAUACAUAUGUUUGGGGAGAUUUUGAUGAACCAUUACCUGGUAUGCCACCACAUGGUACACAUAUUCGUAUAUUUAAAGCAUCUGGAAUAAAUUUUUUAACACCACCAACAUAUGAUGAAGCAGUACAACACGGAGGAACUGAAUAUCCAUCUUCCAAUCCACCAUAUCCAGCUGGUGGUUCUGGAAACCAACAAUCAUACACUUCAUAUGAUCAACAAUAUGGAGGAAAUCAACAAUAUGGUGGACAACAACAAUAUAGUGGGCAACAACAAUAUGGAGGAAACCAACAAUACGGUGGACAACCACAAUAUGAUGAUGGUUCAACAGCACAAAGUGGAAUGUAUGCUCAUUAUCCUCCAAAAGAAAAGAAAGAUAAAUGUUCUAUUCAAUGA